GCCGCCGCCGCCGCCGCCGCCGCCGCCGCCGCCGCGCCCGGAUCCCGCUUCUCAGAAGAUGCACUAUUAUAGAUACUCUAACGCGGAGGUCAGCUGCUGGUACAAGUACCUCCUUUUCAGCUACAACAUUGUCUUCUGGUUGGCUGGAGUUGUCUUCCUUGGAGUCGGACUGUGGGCAUGGAGCGAAAAGGGAGUGCUGUCUGACCUCACCAAAGUGACCCGGCUGCAUGGAAUCGACCCUGUGGUGCUGGUCCUGAUGGUGGGCGUGGUGAUGUUCACGCUGGGGUUCGCUGGCUGCGUGGGGGCCCUGCGGGAGAACAUCUGCCUGCUCAAGUUUUUCUGCGGUACCAUCGUGCUCAUCUUCUUCUUGGAGCUGGCCGUGGCCGUGCUGGCCUUCCUCUUCCAGGACUGGGUGAGAGACCGGUUCCGUGAGUUCUUCGAGAGCAACAUCAGAUCCUACCGGGACGACAUUGACCUACAGAACCUCAUUGACUCCCUUCAGAAAGCUAACCAGUGCUGCGGGGCAUAUGGGCCUGAAGACUGGGACCUCAAUGUCUACUUUAACUGCAGCGGCGCCAGCUACAGUCGCGAGAAGUGUGGGGUGCCCUUCUCCUGCUGCGUGCCGGACCCUGCGCAAAAAGUUGUGAACACACAGUGUGGAUAUGAUGUCAGGACCCAGCUGAAGAGCAAGUGGGACGAGUCCAUCUUCACAAAAGGCUGCAUCCAGGCGCUGGAGGGCUGGCUUCCGCGCAAUAUUUACAUCGUGGCCGGGGUCUUCAUCGCCAUCUCCCUGCUACAGAUUUUUGGCAUCUUCCUGGCGAAGACCUUGAUCUCGGACAUUGAGGCGGUGAAGGCAGGCCAUCACUUCUGAGGAAGAGAGGUGAGCAAGCAGAGCUGAGCCACGCUGCAGAGGCCAGAGCCCUUCACUCUUGUCAACUCGACAUCCAGAGGGAGAGAAGUGGACGCACCCAGCCAGAGCCAGCACCCUGUCUUCGGCAUCACCGUGCCGCGACCUCCCUGUUUCUGUUUGCUGGUGCUGAAGACCGAGGGGCCCCUCUGACCUGCACGGACUUGGGACGGAGACCCCCCCCGACUUGGGGUCUACCCAGAGACAGAGAAAAUAUCUUUAAGUGGGGGUGGUGACUCUGAGGGACAGAAGGCUCCCGUGGCUGUGAAAAGGGCUUGACUUGGUUCUCCUGGAGACUAAGUGUGUCUGCAGGGCACCCUGGCCUCCCAACUCGUGUCACCGGUGCUGGCCUGGAGGGCAGCCUCAUCUGCUGCGGGUGGGACAUGGGAGCGGGGGGUGCCCCAGCAGACACGGACGAGGCUUCUCCCAGCAGCAGAAGGACCUGGGGAGGGCUAGGGGCACAAGUGGACCGUGCCAGCAGAGCCUGUGCUGUCUGCACAAGUCGGGGGAUGUUUGCGGGAUCCUCAGCCGUGUCCAAGUAAGCCUGAGCCAUGUGUGGACGGGUGCCACGGAGCGCCCCCUCCGCUGCCCCUGCCAGGGCAAGACCCGCCUCCAG